UACGCACUUCAGCCAGGCCUGGCUCACUCCGCGCGGUACAUCCGAUAAUUACCUACAGCGAAGCGCCCCGCCGGCGGGUAUUAUAUCAGUCGAGUGUCACGCGCGCGCCCGUCAGGACCAGUGGGUAGACACUUCUCAUACAAAAACUAGUCUCUAUAUGUAGCAAUUGAUAUACAACCUUAUCCCUUAAGCAAUAAAGUGCAUUUUGGAUUGAUUUCACUAUAGCAGGGGAACCCGCGGAUCAAUACCACCAUACUAAAAAUAAUUGUUAGUGUCCUUAUGUUGGUAGUAUUGUUAGUUUGACAAAUGAAAAAAAAUUUCUGUCAAUUGAGUUUGAGUUUUUAACCGGCGAAUUGAUUCGUGUGAAGUUAUUUUCUCAGAUUUGGUGCAAUAUUACUGUAAAUAAACUUUUCUGUCGUUUACGUUGAGUUGAUUAAGUUCCUCCGUAUCGGGCGUGAUAAAGUUUGCUGUUCAGUGUUAUGUUUUUUGUGAGAUAGAGACUCUUUUAAAUAAGCUGUGUUUCAACUUCUACAGAAGUUUAAACUCUUAUUUACUUUUCUGUUUAAUGGGUAUGUUAUCUACUUACUUGAAAUAUUAGAUCUAUUACAAAUCUAUUUUUCAUUAAAAACAACCCUAUGUGAUGAAAAUGUAAAUGUACUUUCAAAACUGGUAAAUGCAUGAACCAGGGCAUUGACACUGGUUGGAGAGACUUUAUAGGCUUUGUUUAAUUAAUACCUAUUUCAUUUUAGGCUUCUACUGAUAAUGGAGAGUAGAAACAACAAGAAGUGCGUUAUUUGUAAUAAGAGGCGAAGUCGUGGUGGAUCACCCUUACUUUUGAGUAGGUUUCCUCUGGAUUCUGACCGUUGUCGAAUGUGGGUUAAAAAUGCUGGCAUAGAAGACUUAGCAUAUGUACCUAUUGAAAAGUUACACCAACUGAAGUUUGUUUGUGGUGGGCACUUCACUCCUGAAUCCUUCAAUGCCAAAGGAACUCGGCUGAAGAACUCAGCUAUUCCAACACUGGAAUUGAGCAAUCCCAUCUUGCCAGAUGAAGUUUUGACAGAGUUUCCUCUUCAUGUAAAAGACUCCAAUAAAGAAAACCUCAAGACAGUUCUUUAUGAUCAUUCAUAUUGCAUUCCAAAGAAGUCAAAUCCAGUUGAACGAGUUCCCCUUACAACAACCAAACAACUAAAUUCAACAUGUUUGGGAGCUGUGGAUAUACCAGAUUCUGGUAUUUCUGCGAAAACAACUUUUGAACCUCUUCCUUCUACUUCCAAUGCACCAGAACAUAUGACCUAUAAACCCAUUACUCAUGAUGAUAAAAACAUUUGCCAUCAAGAUGCACAGGCAGAAAUAUUAGUCCACAGUUAUAAAAGACCUAAGAAAAACAUUGAAAUGAAAGACACUUCAUCAACAUUUACAAUUAAAGAGAAGAGGCUUUGGCGACAGUUACAAAAUGCAAAAAAAAACAAUAAGGAAUAUAGCGAAGUCAAGAGUGAAUUUAGACAAGUUAGAUUCGGAAGUGCUGACAUCGUUAGUAAAGGAUGUAGUGCAGAAUAACAAAAAAAAGUCACAAGGAAAAAGGUGGACUUUAGCCAACAAAAUAUAUGCUUUGGCUAUAUUUAAACGGUCCCCUAAAGCAUACCGCUAUAUGCAAAAGCUGUUUACGCUACCAAGCACUAAAACGCUCCAAAGGAUUUUAAAAAAUAUACCAAUGGAGCCUGGUAUAAAUAAAAAUAUAAUUGAUAUGUUAGAGGCAAAAGCAUCAAGUAUGCCAAAGGAAAAUAAAUAUUGCUCGUUAAUAUUUGACGAGAUGGCGUUAAAGAAACGGAUAAUUUAUAACGAAAUUGCUGAUAAAGUGGAUGGCUACGUGGAUUAUGGAGAGGGCGAGAACAUGGGACGAGAAAAGAAAAUUGCAGACCAUGCGUUAGUGUUUAUGAUACAGGGUGCUAAACAUAAAUACAAACAAUAUAUUGCGCAC